CUACGAUUAAUGUCAUUGACGGAACCCGCAUUCUUUCGACAUGGCUGCCGACCGACAGCGACUAAGUGACCAGCCACCGGCAAGAGGAGAAGAUGAGCCGAUGAUAGACAGCGACGCGGCGACGCGGGGAGUCACACCAGGCGACAAUCGCCAGGGAGAUGGCGACGGUUCUGGUGCCAACGGCGGCAAAGCCGGUGACGGUGACACCCCAGACAUGUCACGGUUUCGAGCACGGGCAUGUGCACGAUGUAGUCGGUCGAAAUUGAGGUGUAUACGACGAGCAGAACCCGGUGCGGAGCCGUGUCUAAGGUGUGCCCGUCUCGGAACAACAUGCACACUUCCAGAGGCCAGGCCCAGGGGCCCGAAAAAGGGCCAAGCUAGACGCGUGGGACAGCUUGAACAAAAGCUAGAUGGCAUCAUGUCACUGCUCACAGCCAGUCAGCAACUGCUUAAUCAGAAUAAUACUGUCUCACAAAGUGGCUCAGCGCAAGCCAACCCUGUUGCUUCUCCAAUCUCGGAAGGCGGGUUGACAGAUGAGCCAUCUCAAGCCAAUGCAUCCCCAUCAACGUCCCGCCCACCACAACAGCAGCAACCCCUUGCCUUCCUCAACAGACAUGAUCUCGUCCCAGAUACCCCAGAUAGCACUGGCCACCGAUCAGCGCCCUCACCGGCGACAAGCAGCAAUGGGGCUGCCAGCCAACAUGAUGCGAGCCGGACACUUCCUCGCAUGCCUGAAAACAUCGAGGUCUGGCCGGGAUUUGACCUGACUUGGCGCGAGGCUACACAGGUAUUAAAUGUCUACUCGACCCUCUAUGUCCCUAGUUUCCCCUUUGUCCCGCUCCCUCCACGGCGAUCACCGGAAGAGCUUUAUGCUGCUACACCUUUCCUUUUUCGCACAAUAAUGCUAGUUGCUGCUCCACAGAGCGCAUCAACCCAGAGAGCAGGCGAAAAGUGGUUCCGGAGAAAUAUUGCAGAGUACGUCGUGGUGCUGGGAGAGAAGAGAUUAGAGAUCUUGCAAUCCUUGCUUCUUUUCAUAGCCUGGGGUGACUAUCGUUUCUACAUGGAGUCUAAAGCAACACCACUACUGCAAAUGGCUAUUGGUAUGGUUGUAGACCUGGGACUCAACAAGCCACCUCUUUCUAUCAACAAUCUGGCGCCGUUUUCGCUGCUUAAUGAGGCACUCAGACGCCACCCGCACCUACGCGGCAAGGCUGCCCACAGCAACGAUGACAUGCGCGCCCUGCUCGGCUGCUUUUAUGUCACGUCGCAGAUCACGACGCUCUUUCGCCGCGAGCACCAUUUACCUUACACGGAGUUUGUGGAUAAGUGUGUCACAGACCUUGCGCGGGCCGACGAGUAUGUCACGGAUAGGAUGCUGGUGGCCAUGGUUAAGAUGCAGUGCCUGGUUCGUCGCGCUCAUGCCAUAAUGGCAGGCGCGUCACCUGAGCCUGGCGCGAAUCCUCCUUACACGACUGCGGCUGCAAUGGCUUUGACUGCCAUCCGAAGAGAACUGUAUGAACCCACAAGCAGCUACGGUGCCAUGGACGAACGGAGUAAACAUCUACUCAAGAUGCAUUGCCAUGCAUCGCUCGUCGCAGUGCACGAGCCGGUCAUCUAUGCUCGGUCUCCCGCCCCUACGGUGACAGCAGUGGACUUAGCUUCGGCCGACAGUAAUCCGCCAGGUGGUAAGCGGACCGACGCCUUGUGGCACUGCCUCCGUGCCCUCGGCGACUUUAUCAAGCUCUACAUUGCCAUGCCGCACGACCAGGCUGGCACAAUGGCUAUUUUCCCUGCAUCAAACCUGGCUUUCACCUUUGUGACAACGACGCGGCUGCUGUUCAUGGACGAUCCUGAUUGGGACGCAGCAGAGGCGCGACGGCACUUUGACUUUCCCAGCGUGGCCCAGCGCGUAAUUGAAAAAUACGUCGCAGCUGACGCCUACGAGACCGGCGGGGCCAAUGACGCGUCAGGACCGGGAGCAGUGCCGUAUAAGAGGAGGUUUCAUGACGAUGGCAACUCACUUAUGGUUACGUACGUGCAAAAGACCAGGUGGCUGAUGCAAUGGUAUCUGGCCAAGACGACACCUGGGAACAAUGGCGCUGCGGUUGGUGGAGGGACGGACAGCAAUGCAUAUCCGGCGACGAGGCCGGGCUUUGAGUCUUGUUUACCGCCACAACAACGACAGCAGCAACAUCAACAACAACAACAGCAGCAGCAGCAGCAGCACCGUCAACUAGUGCCAGUUCAGCAGACUCAGCAUCCAGCCCAGUUUCCUAUGUCACAACAGCAGCAGCCGGUCUAUGCUGGGGAUCCGAUGGUAGGGUUCGACGCGACGAGCUUUCUGGAGGAUUUUGACGACUCAUUCUGGCAUGCCUUCUUGUCGGUUGACUCACAGCUGGCGUACCCGCCUAUGGUUGCCGGGAGUGUGGCAAGACCAAUUUAG